UCGACUACCCAAAAAAAGAUAAGAUUUGAACUUACAUAGAAAGUUGUGAUAUCAGAGCUAAUUAGCAACUCAUCGUCUAGCUCUCUUCUAAUAACAACUCAUCGACUAGCUUUUGUCAAUUACCCCUUCAAGAAAUGAAUCCAGCAACCGUUGAUUUCAUAUCAGAAUGCUUCGUGAAGCCACCGCACCUGCCGGAAGAAGCUAAUGAACCUUAUUAUUUAGCGGCAUGGGAUCUUGCUAUGCUUUCUACUAACUGCAUCCAAAAGGGCCUUCUCUUUGCCAAACCAUCGGAACAACAUUUCAAGAUUACCGAUUUCUUAGACAAGCUCAAACACUCCCUUUCUCUCACACUUUUCCAUUUCUACCCUUUGAUCGGCCGUCUUACUACUUCAAAGACUGAAGACCCGGCCGAAUAUAUUGUCUACGUGGAAUGUAAUAACAGCCCGGGAGCAAGAUUUGUUCAUGCUUCUAUUAACAUGACAAUAUCAGAUGUUCUUACACCGAAUUAUGUACCAUUGGUGGUUCAAUCUUUCUUUGAUCAUGAUCGAGCUCUUAACCAUGACGGUCAUUUCAGAUCGUUGCUAACAAUUCAAGUGACGGAUCUAGUUGAUGGUGUUUUUAUCGGGUGUUCUAUGAAUCAUGUUAUGGGCGACGGGUCUUCUUUCUGGCAAUUCUUGAAUUCAUUUUCUGAAGUUUUUCAAGCUGAAGGAAAAAACAUUACAAUCUCACGCCCCCCGGUACUCAAGCGGUGGUUUCCUGACGGCUAUGGUCCAAUUGUUAAUCUUCCAUUUACGGAUCACCAACAGUUCCUGAGCCAUUAUGAACCACCUCUGCUUAAGGAAAGAAUGUUCCAUUUCUCUUCUGAAUCGAUUGCCAAACUCAAAGCAAAAGCAAAUACGAAUAUCACUAGCAAGAUUUCCUCCUUCCAGGCUCUGUCUGCGUUUAUAUGGAGGUGCAUUACCCGCGCCCGUGAUCUUCCCCGUGAUCAAAUCACCAAUUGCAGACUGGCUUGCAAUGACAGGUCAAGACUAAAUCCGCCUUUACCAGAAAAUUACUUCGGGAACUGCAUAUAUGCUCUCGCAGCUUCAGCAACAGCCGGUGAAUUGCUGGAUAACGAUCUCGGAUGGGCAGCAGGGAAGGUGAACCAGGCAGUGGCUGGUCACACCAAUGAAAAACUCCGCGAGCUACUUGAAUGUUGGCUGAAAUAUCCAAAAAUAUACCGGAUUAGGGAAGUUAAUGAUCCUUACAGUGUGAUGAUGGGGAGCUCGCCGAGAUUUAAUAAGUAUGGAAAUGAGUUCGGAUUGGGAAAAGCUUUGGCACUUCGUAGCGGGUAUGCGCAUAAGUUUAGUGGGAAAGUAUCGGGUUAUCCAGGGCGUGAAGGUGGUGGAAAUGUGGACUUAGAGGUGUGUCUUCCUCCCGAAAUAAUGAGUGCACUUGAAUCUGAUCAAGAAUUUUGGGUUGCUGUUUCUUAAUUUGUUUCCUCAGCAGCAUUACUUCCACUUCUGCUCUAGGCAGUCAUUAUAUUCUUAACAUGAUUAUGAGAGUAGCAAAAUAAUGCCAUG